AUGACAAUACUUAAAUCAUUAAAUAAAGUCGGUAAUUUAUUUCACUCGAAAAAAUCUUUAAAAGUUGUAAUGGUUGGACUUGAUUAUUCAGGAAAAACAACUAUACUAUAUAAAUUAAAAUUAGGAUGUAUUAUAGAAACAAUUCCAACAAUCGGAAUAAAUAUAGAAACAAUAGAGAUGAAAAAUGAUAGUUUUACGAUUUACGAUGUUUGUGGUGUGGAUUCAACAAAGCUACUCUGGAAAAAAUAUAUGAAGACUUCGAAUGCAAUCAUUUUUGUUUUGGAUUCGUCGGACCGCGAGAGAUUGGCAGACGUGGCAAUCGAAUUGAAAAUCAUUUUAGAUGAGCCGAACCUUGCAAAUACACCCUUGUUGAUCAUGGCGAAUAAACAAGAUGAACCAAACUCCCUGAGUAUUGCAGAACUCACUCAACAAUUAAAUCUACAUUCCAUCUGUAAGAAUAGAGCUUGGCAUAUACAAAAGACUGUUGCAAUGACUGGCGAAGGUUUAGAUAAAUCUUUCGAUUGGCUAUCGAGAACACCACACAGAGUAUUACAAAGAAAAUCAACAUUUUCAUUAGAGAAGAAAUAUGUAUUAAAUAAAACAAUCAAAUAA